AUUAAAAAUUACUUAAAUAAAGGGCAUUACUACACUUCACUAUAGUUAUUAGUAUGCCACGUAAGGCUACACUGCGCAUGAUCUGGUUACUUCCACGUCAAUCUCACCAGAAAUUCCACCAAAAAGUGAUUUGCAAUGUCAAAUAUGUAACGUUGGAAUAUAAUGUUUUUAAAAUGUUUUCUACCAAUUUGUGUAAUAGUUUUGUUAAUUGCCAUUUAUUUUCCUACCCGCCAUGCAAGACAUUAUAAAUACAUUGAAGACCAGUGGAUUCUAAGCGAAUUAAUAACCGAAAAACCUAUUCAUUCUAAUUCUAACCUCAAAACAUGUAAUUAUAAGGAGUUGAUCGAAAACAGCGUUGAAAUAGAAUACAAGGAUAUACAUAAUACAAAAGAAUUUAACCCACCUGAGUCAGGAGGAUGGUAUUCCCCAAAAACAUGCACAUCUCUAGUCAAAACAGCUAUAAUUAUACCAUAUAGAAAUAGAACUGAUCAAUUAAACUUAUUCCUAAGCUUUUUUCACGAUUUUAUACAAAAACAGUACGUAGAAUAUAGAAUAAUAAUCGCCGAACAAAAUGACAGUCUGCCAUUCAACAGAGGCAAAAUGCUUAAUUAUGGAGCCAAAGUGGCGAUGGAAUUAAAUUAUGACUGUUUAAUUUUACACGAUAUUGAUCUCAUCCCUUUAAACUUGGGAAAUAUUUAUGGAUGCACUAAAAGUCCCAGACACAUGUCCAGCAGCAUAGACACAUUUAGGUGGGUACUAUUAAAGUUAAUAUUUUGCUCUAAUUUUUCGUUUAUUUUUAGGUACAAUUUACCUUACCUAACUCUUUUUGGAGGUGCCAUAUCCAUUCGCUCCGAUCAAUUUCAAUUAGUUAAUGGAUUUUCAAAUCAGUAUUAUGGAUGGGGAGGCGAAGAUGACGAUUUUUACAAUCGUUUAAAUUCGAAUAAAUUGGUGACAUGUCGAUUUUCUCCAAAGAUUAGUAAAUAUGUUAUGUUAAACCACAAAAAAGAAAAAGCAAGCCCGGAGAGGUACCAAAAACUGAAGAAAUUUAAGAAAACGAACACAGAUGGCGUAAAUCAGUUAAACCGAUAUAAAAUAAUUUAUAAAGAUCUUUAUACCCACGUUUAUGCUUCUUAAAUUACAAAUUAUUUUGUAAAUAAGAACAAUAAUGCUUUAAUUAAUUACAUUUUAUUUGUUAUAAGUAGGUACCAAAAAGUUCACUUGUUAAAUUUACAUUUUGUUUAUAAUUAUAAGUAUUACAUUGUUUGUUUUAUAAUAAAUUGCUUACAGUA